AUGAAGCUCACGCCCGUCCGAGUCAGGGGCAAGCGCAAGGCCUCCUCCUCCUCCACCUCCACCACCACGACGCCGUCCAAGAUGUCCCGCUCCAUCCAGGACGUCAAACGCGCGCGUCACCUCCGUCCGCGCGCCCGCCUCGACCGACUCCCCGCCGAGAUCCUCGAGAGCGUGCUCCUGCACAGCGGGAGCCUCGCCCUUCCCCGCUGCAGCCCCGUCGUCGGCGCCAAGCUGUCCGGGCGCGCCACCCUGCUCCGCCUCUUCAUCUGCGGCUUCCACGACACCUGGGACCAGUGGUUCGGCAUCCCGUUCCGCGCGGUGCUCGAGGGCCCGCGGCCGCGAGACGAGCGGCGCACCGGCCGGGGGGCGCGGAGCCCGCAGGAGGCGAGGUACUAUCCCUGCGACGGAGACCCGGAGCUUCAGAGUGCUCUUCUUGAACUCCCAUGGGUAGACAUCGACUUCAUCCUGCGCGCGCAGCAGACUUGGGCGGACACCUACGCCCGCCACCGGUGGUACCAGGCCCCGGCCGUCGUCGGCCACGGCGACACCGGCGCCGGCGGGUUCGGCGACUUCGACGCCGCGCGCUACUUUGACGAGACCUACCGGCAAUUCCUCCGCCACCCCUCGGCGCCGCCGCGCACGCUCGUCCGCAACGUGCACCCAGACACGCGCCUGCCCACGGCGCUCGUGACCGGGCCAUGGGACGACGAGGCCCGCCGGCGGCUGCUGUGGCUCGUCCGCGGGGGCGUCAACCUCGAGGCGCCGGACGGCCCGACGCGCCGCCUGCCGUGGGAGUACCACGUCGACUUCCUGCGCAACGUGGCCGUGCAGGCCGAGACGCCCGACGAGGUCGCGUACCGGCUGCUGCGGGACCAGUGCGACCUCAUGUGCGUACCGCAGGACGUGCUUCGGAGUGAGCGCGACGCCCUCGUCAAGAGGCUGCGGUGGGGGCAGCAUGAUGAGCCGGUGGUCGAGCUGCUGAAGGAGGUUCUGGAGGACGUCAGCUACAAACUCGACCAGCAGUCGUUUGGCAGUCAAAAGUAA